AAACAAUCCACCGUUACAUUUUCCGUCUCUCUCUCUCUCUCUCGCAUUUGAUCUGACAUUUUUAUCGGAUCUAUUUCGGAAAACUUACCGGGAAAUCUACGUGGCACGCCGGAUCUACUUGUUCCGGCAAUAUUUGAGGUCUGUGAUGGAGUCUCACGGGGCUGGACUACGCCGUGUUCUGUUGCUUGCCUUCUGCGUCGCCGGCAUUUGGUCGGCCUAUAUAUAUCAAGGCGUUCUUCAAGAGACCGUGUCAACCAAACGAUUUGGCCCUGACAAGAAGAGAUUUGAACACCUGGCGUUUCUAAACUUGGCACAAAAUGUAGUUUGUUUGAUAUGGUCAUUUAUAAUGAUAAAGCUUUGGUCCAAUGGUAAUAGUGGUGGUGCUCCAUGGUGGAGUUACUGGAGUGCUGGCAUUACAAAUACAAUUGGUCCUGCAAUGGGAAUUGAAGCAUUAAAGUACAUCAGUUACCCUGCACAGGUCCUGGCGAAAUCCUCAAAAAUGAUUCCAGUGAUGCUGAUGGGUGCACUAGUUUAUGGUAUCAGAUACACUUUACCUGAGUACGUUUGUACUCUUCUUGUUGCUGGUGGCGUAUCAGUAUUUGCACUUUCGAAGACUAGCUCAAAGACCAUAAGCAAGCUGGCACACCCAAAUGCUCCACUGGGAUAUGGACUCUGUUUCUUAAACCUCACCUUUGAUGGAUUCACAAAUGCUACUCAGGAUUCAAUUACGGCAAGGUACCCAAAGACAAGCGCUUGGAAUAUAAUGCUUGGUAUGAAUUUAUGGGGCACAAUUUAUAAUAUGGUAUUUAUGUUUGGUUGGCCACAAGCUAGUGGAUUUGAGGCUGUUCAAUUCUGCAAGCAGAAUCCGGAGGCUGCAUGGGACAUUUUCCUCUUUUGUUUGUGUGGUGCAGUGGGGCAGAAUUUCAUAUUUCUAACCAUAAGCCGGUUUGGCUCCCUCACUAACACCACCAUCACAACCACACGCAAGUUUGUAAGCAUAGUGGUGUCUUCACUGCUAAGUGGGAACCCCUUGUCUACAAAGCAAUGGGGCAGUGUUGUCAUGGUCUUCACUGGGUUGUCUUACCAGAUUUACCUCAAGUGGAGGAAAUUACAGAGGUUGCAGAAGAAGAGAAAGCCCAUGUGAACGUGAUGAUUUUGUACUUUUUUUACAUUUCUCCUUUUCUCUAGUAUUGUAUCGGUGUAAUUUGAAGAAUCAAUGAUUAUCUGGUAUCAGCCCUCUAAAAUGGGGGAAAAGAUUAUACCUGUUACCUCUUUUAGAGCUCACUAUAAGCGAGAACUUUACGCGACACUAUUUUUGUAAUUGUAAGGAUCAAUGGUUGCAUUCUUAUUGGGACAUAGUUAGCAGAAAUUUUGACAUGUCUU